AGAGCUCGCGUGGACCCGCGGUCCCCACCUUCCUUUCCCGAAGGUUCUGAUGGAGGCUGGGGCUGCGUCCCGGAUCUGGGGGAACGGAGAGCGGGGACGCUUCCCGAUCCCCGGCCUCUAAGUCUGCCCUCCUAGAUAAGCCGCGACGUUAACUCGGGGCGCCGGGGAGUUGAAGGAGCGUUUGGUGUGCCGCCCCGUGAUGGGGGUGGUCCCGAACCCAGGGAGUGAAGCGUCUGUACCGUUAGUCCGAGUGGCAGACUGUGCUCUCUGAGCGCAGGGAGGCGUUGACUAGUGGCUUCUGGUUGCUUAGACAGACUGGCAAGUGAAGUGUGCGCGCAGGUGCCACGAGACUGGGAACUUCGCUCUUUCCCUUCGUUCUCUGCUGGGCAAGGUGGCCGCGACUUGAUUUCCUAGUGACUUGGGAACUUUGUUAGCCUGCUUCGGUCAAGUGACUGCAGCAGCGGCGCUGCCCCUUCCUCCUUAAAGCACGUACAACCCGCGCCUCAAACGACUGUAUCCGGGAGGCAGACUCACCAAGCUUCAGUUCCGAAGAGGAGCCAGGUUAAUGACACCUUUUGAAAAUGGAAUUACUGAUAUUACAGAAACUCCUUUCCGUCCUGUGGGGUUCACCUUAACGCAGCCAUCAUGUCUGGCUCCAAUGGUGCCAAAGAGAAUUCGCACAACAAGGCCCGGACGUCUCCUUACCCAGGCUCAAAAGUUGAGCGGAGUCAGGUUCCGAAUGAGAAGGUGGGCUGGCUUGUGGAGUGGCAAGACUACAACCCGGUGGAGUACACCGCGGUCUCUGUCCUGGCGGGGCCCCAGUGGGCGGACCCUCAGAUCAGUGAAAGCAACUUUUCUCCCAAAUUUAAUGAAAAGGACGGGCAUGUUGAGAGGAAGAGUCAGAACGGCCUGUAUGAGAUUGAAAAUGGAAGACCCAGAAAUCCGGCAGGGAGGACAGGACUGGUUGGCCGGGGUCUUUUGGGGAGAUGGGGCCCAAACCAUGCUGCAGACCCCAUCAUAACCAGGUGGAAGAGGGAUGAGCACGGGAAUAAAAUCACACAUCCGGUUUCCGGGAAGUGCAUCUUACAGUUUGUUGCAAUAAAAAGGAAAGACUGUGGCGAGUGGGCAAUCCCUGGGGGCAUGGUGGACCCUGGAGAGAAGAUCAGUGCCACGCUGAAAAGGGAGUUUGGAGAAGAAGCCCUCAACUCCUUACAGAAGUCCAGCGCGGAGAAGAGGGAGAUUGAGGAGAAGCUGCACGCACUCUUCAGCCAGGAGCAUCUUGUGAUAUACAAGGGCUAUGUUGAUGAUCCGAGGAACACUGACAACGCGUGGAUGGAGACGGAAGCUGUCAACUACCACGAUGAAACAGGGGAGACCAUGGACAAGCUCACCCUGGAGGCUGGGGAUGACGCCGGGAAGGUCAAGUGGGUGGACAUCAGCGACCAGCUCAAGCUCUAUGCCAGCCACUCCCAGUUCAUCAAGCUUGUGGCCGAGAAGCGGGAUGCACACUGGAGUGAGGACUCUGCUGCUGGCAGCCAUGGGCUGUAGCUUGUCCCUGCAAGCCAGAGGCCAGCAGCGUCCCGGAACUUACCCUCACAAAGGCCACCGGGAAGUGUUUGCACCGAGGUAAAAUGACUGAAUACAAUGAAGAGGAACACUGACUUCUCAGCUUUCUUCUCUAAGGGAUUAGAGACUGUCCGAUUUUGUAUGUAUUUAAGCAUGACUGAAUCAAAUUUAAAUAGCUAAUGUCCUUUGAAGAAUUGUAGUUACAAUAAAAAUAAAACCCAGCUGGUGGUGA